CCGGGGCGCACUGCACCAGUGGCUUUGGCUUGGUGGAUGUGUAUGCAUGAGUUCUGCACCGAAUGGGCGCAAAAAGCGCCCCAGCCGGUCCACCCGCUCCUCGAUCUUCCAAAUCAGCAAGCCUCCCCUGCAGAGCGGGGAUUGGGAGCGCAGGGGCAGCGGCUCGGAAAACACCUACAAAACCCAAAGAGCCCUGGACGACUGCAAGAUGCUUGUCCAAGAGUUCAACACGCAAGUGGCUCUGUACCGAGAGCUGGUCAUUUCCAUUGGGGAUGUCUCGGUUAGCUGCCCCUCACUCCGGGCGGAAAUGCACAAGACGAGGACCAAAGGCUGUGAAAUGGCCCGGCAGGCACACCAAAAACUCGCUGCCAUCUCAGGGACUUUCUCAGAAGCCUCACACUACAACUUCCAUGAAUGUCUCCUUCACAGACCAUGCCAUGUGACCUUCCUGGCUGCAAGUUUCACCAUAUAUCUUUCUCCAUAUUAACUAUGUAAUGAGGAUAACAAUUUCCCAAUCUGUAAAUGGCAAGGAUGCUCCUGAAACCCAGGAUAUUUAACAUGACUGGAGAGACAGGAAGAAUAGGAAGCUGGCAUGUGAGAAGUAAGGAGAGGGAUACUGGAGUAAGCCGAAAGAAAUGGAAGAAGAUCCCUUAUCACCUACCUCCCCUUCUUGUCCAUUUCCUGGUUCGUCCAUUCAUUCAUUCAUUAAACGUCAAACACCUACUGUGGGAUCAGAUACUCUGCUAGGCUCUGGAAGUAAAAAGAGAAAUAAAACACAGUCCUUUCCCUUGGAGGAGCAUAUGGCUUAGCAUGUGGUAUAGAGACAGAUCGUUGCCAACCAUUAUGAU